UGCGGGAGCUGGUGGAUUUCGCUUUCCCGCCUCCCUCCUGCCUCCAAGGCCGGCGCUUACCUCCGUCCUCCCACUUCGGUGCGACCAUGUUUGUUCCCUGCGGUGAGUCGGCCUGCGACCUCGCGGGUUUCACGCUCCUGAUGGUUGUCAGCCCGCGCUGGAAAUGUGGUGAGGUUGUCUCUGGAGGUCUGAUCCAAAUGGAACCUUUGUUGGCGUUAUCACCAGACCUUGUAUCUAAGCCUACAGUUUGUCAUCUUUUUUGACUGUACAACCCAGCAGUAUCCGUUGGAAAUGUUGGCCAGCUUGCAAUAGAUCUGAUUAUUUCUACAUUGAAUAUGUGUAAAAUUGGUUACUUCUAUACCGAUUGUCUUGUGCCAAUGGUUGGAAAUAAUCCAUAUGCAACAUCAGAAGAAAAUUCAACAGAACUCAGUAUAAAUGCUGAAGUAUAUUCAUUGCCUUCAAAGAAGCUAGUGGUUCUUCAGUUAAGAUCCAUUUUUAUUAAGUAUAAAUCAAAGCCAUUCUGUGAAAAACUGCUUUCAUGGGUGAAAAGUAGUAACUGUGCCAAAGUUAUUGUUCUUUCAAGCAGUCAUUCAUAUCACCGUAAUGAUCUACAACUUCGCAGUACUCCCUUUAGGUACCUACUUACACCUUCCCUGCAAAAAAGUAUUCAAAAUAAAAUAAAAAACCUUAACUGGGAAGAAAUGGAAAAAAGCCCAUGCAUUCCUGAAAUAAGUGAUUCUGAGUAUUGCAUCCGUAUACCUGGAGGAGGUAUCACAAAAACACUCUAUGAUGAAGGCUGUUCUAAAGAAAUCCCAAUGGCUGUUCUGCUCAAAUUUGUUUCAGAAGGAGACAAUAUCCCAGAUGCAUUAGGUCUUGUUGAAUAUCUUAAUGAAUGGCUUCAGAUAAUCAAACCACAUAGUGAUGACGCCACAGCGUCUACCUUGCCGUGGAAAAUGCCAAGUUCUUGGAGAUUACUCUUUGGCAGUGGUCUUCCCCCUGCACUUUUCUGAUCUGUUUUCGUUUUUAUACCUCAUGUCCCAAGAUACUUACAACCAACACAACUGUUAGCUGUAUAAAAGUUGUAUUAUCUAAUGUAUUAGAAAAUAAAUCUUAACUCUUUACAGAAAAAAUGGAUUAGCAAAAGAUUGGUUUUGCUAUGCUUUUCAUCAUAUACAACAAAUGUAAAUUUUGUACAAUAAAAUAUUUCCUAAGUAAUUUCA